GAGCGUGUCAAGCGCGCAGGAGCAGGUCGCAUAGAGAGAAAUUACUUUUAGCCAUCGACGGAAUAAUGGCCGUGGUACGAAAGAGUUCGGCCGCUAGAAUCCGAAUGUUGGAGAGCGAUGUCGGUUGGAGCACCAGCCCGAGAAACUAUACAGUCAGCCACAAUCGUUCUGCAAAUCCUUUGUUACAAACGAGCGGCAUCUGGGGCAGAAAUAUUGACAAUAUUUUAGUCAGGCAAAAGCAUUUAUCGGCCCCACAUUGCUCUUGUUGACCUUCAUGCUCUUUUGCUGCGUCUUCGCCCCGGACCUAUCCGUACCUCGUGUGGUCAACGAGAACAUAUCCGCGUCCAUAGGUCAGGCUGGUGCAGCAGUCUGAACUGUCGCGUCCGAAUGCACCUCUAUAGGACAGGUGCAUUUUUGAGGGCAGCCCGGUCAGCAAGAUUUGUGGUCGGUAGCCCGAGACUCGCGGUCCCGGCAAGCUGCACUCAGGCACGAUGGUCGAGCUCUCACCUAGCUGCGGAGGAGCAACGUCCCUUCCCUGAUCAGUCCGUCGAACCGUCUCGAGAAGUCGACCCGAACAAAACGGCUCCCAAGUCGAAAGGAGACAGCGUCCAAGCAGAUUUCAAGAAGAGGCUGAAGGAGUUGGGUCAAGACAACAAAAUAGUCCACGAGAAUUUGUCCGGCGCAAAAAUCCUAGGAACUCCAUACAUUUUCGACGAGACGAGCAAUGUCUCGGAUUCCAUCCUGAAUCUUGUUGGACGCAACCUCUAUGACAUCCCAGAUCAUCCUAUAACCAUCACUCGAAAUCUCAUCGAGUCGUGCUUUCCCUAUCCUGAGUUCAACCAUUUCACGGUCAAAGACCCCGUUGUGACGGUCAAGGACAACUUCGAUGUCCUAGGUUUUCCAGCAGACCACCCAGGCCGCUCGAGAACAGACACAUACUAUGUCAACUCGGACCAUCUCCUACGUACGCACACUUCGGCUCAUCAACAUGCAGCCUUCCAAUCACUCGUGGCGGAGAAGUAUGUCACCGGCUACACUAUCUGUGCAGAUGUCUAUCGCCGCGACAGCAUCGACCGAACUCAUUUUCCUGUCUUUCAUCAGAUGGAGGGGGCCAAAGUUUGGGGUCUAGGGCCCGGCGAAUCAAGGUAUCUCGCUCAGGCAGCCCGAACGGCGAAGAUUGCAAGACAGCUGGAUGCUUUGCCUAAGACCGACAUUGAGGUUGAAGACCAGGCCACCGUGUUCUCGAAAGAGAACAAUCCCAUACAGCCCGAGCAUGACCCGGUAGAACUGCAGCUGGUCGUGAAACACUUGAAGCGCAGUCUCGAGUAUUUGGUAGAGCAGAUUCAUAAAGCCGCCAAAGAGUCUCUGGAUCCCGCGGCACGAGAGGCUUUUGGGCCACUAAAGAUGCGCUGGAUAGAAGCGUACUUCCCAUUCACAACCCCAAGUUUUGAGGUUGAGGUGUUUUGGAAUGGAGAAUGGCUUGAACUUCUGGGCUGCGGCCUAGUUCAGCAACCAAUACUCAACAAUGCUGGAUUGAGAUACAGCAUCGGAUGGGCAUGGGGUGUUGGAAUUGAAAGAUUUGCCAUGCUCCUCUUUGGGAUCCCUGACAUCCGCCUUUUAUGGUCCACAGACAAACGGUUUCUUGGACAAUUUGCUCCUGGCAAGAUCACAAGAUUCGAACCUUUCAGCAAGUACCCAGCAUGCUACAAGGACAUCGCCUUUUGGAUCAACGCGGCUCCAGCAGGCGCUUCACCCGUUGGAGCGGAAUCGUCAUCAAUGUCUGGUGUCGCGGCAGCAGCCGGAGGAAACGCGACCAAAGCCUCGCCUGCGGACACUCAGCCUGCCGCCUUUCAUGAGAAUGAUAUCAUGGAAGUCGUCCGCGAUGUCGCAGGAAGUCUGGUCGAAGAUGUGAAGCUCGUAGAUGAGUUUGUCCAUCCCACCUCUGGGCGAAAGAGCUUGUGUUACCGGAUUAACUACAGGAGUCUGGAGAGGACUCUGACCAACGAAGAAGUCAACAGGCUACAUGACGAAGUGGCUGCGAAGAUGAAAUCCAGAUUCAAAGUCGAGUUGAGGUGAUGGCCGAGUGGGAGCUCGAGCCAUCUGGGAUGAUUGUUGUCUACUCUUGCUUACAUCAGGCACGAGGACUUUGUGUUAGUAGCUGCUGACUGCGGUCUACCUUCAUGCUUCCAAUCUUGACGGGUAAGUGUUGCUCACUUCCAUACUUUACUACUGGAACUUGAUCGUUUGCCAAAAUCAAAAUUGAUAUGUUUCAACCCCAUAUGAUCACCUUCUGGUGCCUUUGGUUCUAUUGCGCACGUUUACCUCAAAUCAUCCUGAAAUCCCUAGAUCUGCAGCAACCUUUUCACAUCCAGUCACACCUGAGCACGUUGAGUCUAACAU